AUGGCCGCUUCGAUCAAUAUUCUUGGAAUCGGGAGUCGGUCUGCGGGCCGUACGCGGGGAGCUGCCACCGUCACCCUAUCUUCAAUCUAUGAUUCAACUUCAAACUUCAAGGUGACUGCGUUUGUUCUCAACAUUCUCACUCCAACGCUCCCCUCGUUCACGACUUCAAUCCAAUGGGAACAUCUUCGAGGACUUCUUCUAGCCGAUCCAGACUUCUCAAGACCAGGACCAAUCGACGUCAUCAUCGGAGCUGACUCGUAUGGUCUCUUGGUCGAGCCGGAAAUUAUCAGGGGUCGAACCACUGAACCUAUCGCCCAACGAACACUUCUUGGAUGGAUCGUACUCGGUCCGGUCAACGAUUCUACUUCAAGUUCGGUUCGCGUUCAGCACACUUCAAUCGACGACAAGAUCGAUUUGUUGCUCACGAAGUUCCGGGAACAAGAGGAACUUCCUUCGGAUUCGGCCCCUACACCCGAGCCGGAAGAGGCGUCUUGCGAACAACACUUCAAGGACACGUAUACGAGAGACAACAACGGUCGUUACGUGGUUCGGCUUCCCUUUAAGGCACCUCCGUCUUCUCUCGGAGAUUCGUUUGCUGGCGCAAAACGUUGCCUUCAUCAACUUCUUCGGCGGCUCUCGACGAACGAUUCGUAUCGCGAGCUCUACAACGAAUUCCUUCAAGAAUACGAAACGCUAUCGCACAUGGCUCGCGCGACCAACAUGGACUCUUCAAGAUCACGAUUCUACCUUCCGCAUCACGGCGUCUUUCGCGCCCACAGCACCACAACGAAAUUUCGCGUCGUCUUCAAUGGAUCCUUCAAAACGACAAGCGGCGUGUCGAUCAACGAUAUUCUUCACACCGGGGCCAAACUUCAACAAGACACCGUCGACGUUCUUCUAUGGAUUAGACGCCAUCGCUUAAUCUUCACGACGGACGUAACAAAGAUGUUUCGACAAAUCGCAGUCCACCCGGACGUCUGGGCUCUUCAACAAAUCCUAUGGGUCGACCCGAAUAAUCAAGUCGUUCCAUAUUAUUUGACAACGGUGACUUACGGACUGAGCUGCGCUCCCUUCCUCGCCAUCCGGGUCAUGCUUCAACUCGUCGAAGACGAGGGUCACGACUUCCCGUUGGCUAUCUCGCCCUUGACCAAGGGAAGAUAUGUCGAUGAUAUCUUCGGGGGCGCUGAGACCCUUCAAGACCUUCAAGAGACUGCAAGGCAACUUCAAGAAAUCUGUCAGCGCGGCUGCUUUCCACUUCAAAAGUGGUCAGCCAACGUAAAGGACGCCCUUCGAUACGUCACUUCAGAGUCCCGAACGGACGCGGUCUCGAUCAAUUCGGAAGAUCCCAACCUCAAAUUUCUCGGCCUCGAGUGGAAUUCGACCGAGGACAACUUCAAGUUCACACUUCAGACAUCUUUCCAUCAAGACGUUACAAAAAGGACCGUUCUUUCGGAGACGGAGUCGUUAUUCGACCGGUUGGGCUUCAUUUCACCGAUCACAGUCAAAGCGAAGGCUUUCCUGCAAGAACUGUGGUUGGCAAAGCUUCAUUGGGAUGACAAACUGCCGGUGCAACUUCAGGAAAAAUGGCUUCGGUUUCAAGCGAGUUUGAGUGACCUCUCACUCAUCUCUCUUCCCCGGUGGCUUGAUCUUUCAUCAACAUCCAAGGUGGAACUUCACGGAUUCUCAGAUGCUUCGAUGCUCGCUAUAGUAGCAGCGGUUUAUCUUCGAUCGACGUCGGCCGAUGGGACAACAACCGUCACCCUCGUCUGUUCGAAGACCAAGGUUACACCUCUCAAGCGACUCACGAUACCGAAACUUGAGUUGUCGGCAGCCCUUCUACUGGCAAAAUUGAUGUAA